AUGCAUUGUGGACGAGCAAUCCAACUUGAGCAUGAACUUCACACGCUCACCAUAGGCGACCUUAAUGUUCAGGAGUACUACCAAAAGUUGAAGAAAUUGUCGGAUCUGUUAUCCAACAUUGAUGCUGAACUUUCAGACCGUGCUCUCGUCAUGCAUCUUCUCAAUGACCUCAAUGAGAAGUUCUACAACAUUGUCAUUGUCAUCAAACACAAAACACCGUUUCCAUCAUUUGAAGAUGCCCGCUCGAUGCUUACCCUUGAAGAGCAGCGACUUUCCAAGAAAACUCGACAUCAACCUUCUCAUACUGAGCACUCGUCGGCCCCGACUGUUCUUUACACGGCGUCUGCACCGUCAUCUCAACCACAACACUCGUGGCCCUCCUCUCCUCGUGGUAGAUCUGGCAACCGUAGGGGCCGUCACUCACGUGGCCGUCGAUACCACAACAAUGGUCCGCACUACGGAAAUGCAUGGAACCACAACAACUAG